GAAAACAGCUGCACUUGUGUGAUUUUGUAUUUUGUUCAAUAUAAUAUUGCAUUUUGCAAUUUUUGGGAUGAAUUAAAAGCAGCCGGCGCGCAGAAUGCUGAGACACUGCCUGGCCAACGUGGACUAUGUGCGUCUGCACGCCCAGCAGCAGUUGCGUCCGAAAUGCGGCGAGAUCUUCUACGAACAGGAGGCGAACAGCUUCCAAUUAGUUUGCCUGCUCUGCGAAAUGAAGCACUUUGGAUUCGAGGACUUCGCCCGCCACAUCCGGAAUGUGCACUUUGACAAGCAGGGCCGGCCCCUGACCCAAACGGUCACGAGAUUUGGAGAACAGGAGCUCCAAACGACAGAUGCAACAACUUUGCUGGCGGAUAGCCUGAAGGAGGAGUUCCUGUCCAACGAGGAUGCCCUGGACGCAGAGGAGACUGAAAAGGAACUGGACCAGGAAGAGGGCAAUCCACUGCGCAUCAUGUCGCUUGAGGGUAAACAGUCUGAGGAGGAGGAGACCAUGGAUACGAUGUGGCAGCCCGAUCGUGGCAGUUCCUCCGAUUCCUCCGACAACGAGGGCUGCGAUCUGGAGAAGAUGAGGGGUAUGGAAGAUCCUAAGGGUAACCAACUGGAUGAGGAGGAGGACCAGCAGUCUGUUUUUAAGAAGCAGCGCCAGCCGAAGGACUACAACUGCCCACACUGCGAUCGCAAGUACACGACCCAGAAAUACCUGAACACGCACCUGAAGAUGAGCCACCCGCAUCCGCAGGCGUUCAAAUGCGACGACUGCGAAGCCACCUUCGAUGUGGAUCGGGCUUUGGCCCAGCAUCGUCGCAAGGAGCACACGGAGUUUGCCUGCCAGCUGUGCGACAAGGUGUUUAAGAGCUCGCGUUCCCUGCUCCGCCAUGUGCAGGGUCACUCCGGCGCACGGACAUUCAAAUGCGAGCACGAGAACUGCGGCAAAUCGUUUGUCAACCAGCACAACCUCACCUCGCAUCGCCGUGUCCACAGUGAGGAGCGGAACUACGUGUGCGAGCUGUGCGGCUAUAGAUCCCGCUACCGGGAGGCGUUGAUCGUCCACCGGCGCACGCAUACGGGCGAGAAACCCUUCCAGUGCCAAACCUGUGCCCGCCGCUUUGCCUCCAAGUCGCUGCUCAACGAACACCAGGCCAUGCACUCCACCGAGAAGCCCUACAAGUGUGACAAGUGCGAUUCGGCCUUCUCCCGCCCGAAGGCGCUGUACCACCACAAGCACCUGCAUUUGGGAAUCAAGAAGUUCAAGUGCAAGGUCUGCGGAAAUGCCUAUGCCCAAGCGGCAGGCCUUUCCGCUCACAUGCGGGCACACAAGCUCCAGACGACGACUAAUGCCGCGGAGGGCGUGGAGCCGGGACCCAUCGAUAUGCUGUUCACCUACUGACCUGAUUGAGGGGAUCGCCUGCCUCUCAAAAUCACCUUCUGUAUCCCCUCUACUUUUCUCACAAUAUCUACGAUACAUACAUCAAGUAUUACGUCCACUGUUCUAGACUCGAACGAUUAAAAAGUAUAUUAAAACUUGAUUUAGUUUAAGUCACUAUCGUACCAAUUAUUGACAUAUGUAUCUGCCAUAGUUUUAAACAAGCCAACACUUUAAAAAUUUUAAUUUAAAGAUAUUACUGGCUUUCCCUUAAACAAUUUAAAAGAGAAAAGCUUCCCGUUUAUGUUUAAAAAGUAUUAAUUUCUACAUAUCAUUAAGGACAAACUGUAUAUACUGUUAAAACUGUUCAAUAUUAAGCUAGUUUUAAGCAGAGUAUUCUUCCGCGUAUAUUAAAAUAUAAGGAAAUCAUUUCGCACAAUACCAGGUACAAUAAAAUUC